ACAGCAAGGCACGUUGAGAGUAGAUUUUGAAAUUCCAACAUAGACCGCAACAGCAAUAGUAGUACUUCGAAGUUAAGAACGUCCAUACAUCGGUCGUCGUGGUACAUUGUCCUGAAGGAAUCGGGGAAAAUCAGUUUUGAUUAAAACAAAAAAUAAAACAAAAACACGGUCAAUUCAAAAAGAAAGGAAAAACAACUGAAACGUAUUAAAUUGCAAAAUAAAUACAAUAUGAACACAUUCCACUUCUAGUCCAAAUCAAAAGAUCAUUCAUAGUAGUAAAAUAAAUAUAAAACAAAGACAAAAGCCAAAAAAUGACAAAAGUCGAGUUGUACAAAUCGCGGGUAUUCGUUACCAUUAUUCAUUUAUUGGCCUUGGGUCAAUUCGUUUACGCCCUGUAUUUUCAUAAUUUUGAAACUCAACGCAGUUACAAAUCCAAGCCAUCGGAAAUACGUAAAAUGGUUCCCGAUACAAUGGAAAAGAAGAUACAAUAUUUGACAUAUUGGAAUUUGAUAAUUCAAGCUUUGUAUUAUACCAUUUCGUUGGUAAACGAUUUUGUGGGUACCAAUGAAGUGUCUCCCAAGAAAUUACCGAUGGUACGUAAAAUCAAGGAUUAUCUGAUGACAACCUUUGCUUUUCCCAUCGCUUUACAUGUUGGCAUCACGUUCUGGGGCUUGUAUGCCGUUGACCGUGAGUUAGUCUUCCCAAAAGCAUUGGAUGCUGUUUUCCCCACUUGGUUAAAUCACAUUAUGCAUACCAACAUUGUGGUUUUCAUUGUAUUGGAAAUGUUCAUCUCUUUCCGUGCUUAUCCUUCACGCGUUAAAGGUUUAACGGGAUUGGCCACAUUUAUUGGGGCCUAUUUGGUUUGGUUGCACAUCAUCAAACAUUACUCUGGCGUCUGGGUGUACCCUAUAUUGGAGGUUCUGCAGUUUCCCCAACGUAUUAUGUUCUUUGGGGGCUGUUUGGGCUUGGCUGUGGGCCUCUACAUUUUCGGGGAAGUAUUAAAUAAUCUUGUAUGGUCAAAAGAACUUAAAAUGGCUCAGCGUAAACACAAGUAAAUUAACGCUUGGAAAUAACAAAUUAAUUCAGCCUAAUGUUUUCUCCUUCUUGGGCAAAUAUUUCUCUUCAAGUAUGAUAUACCAAAAAUAUAAAGAAAGAAAGAAGUAAAAUCAGAUGUAUUGUUCUUAUGAUAAUUCUAAAACAUAUUUUUAAAAGCUGUUUUUGUGACAUAUACAUGAGUACUACUACUACUUACAUACAUACCAAAAAACAAACAACAACAAAAUAAUAAGAUUAAAGUCUUUAAAUAACCAAAAAAAAAAGGAAUAAUAAUAAAGUAAAUACAAAAACUAUGAGGACACAAUGUACACAAAUAAACCAACAUUGAUUACUUUGUGAAAGCCUUUAUUUCUGAAAGGCUCUUAGAGUAUUGUAGAAUUUCGUUUGUUCUUUUUGUUAAUUUAUCUAGUUAAAAUAGUAUUUAUGGAGCAACAUAAAAAUAGUACGAAAUAAUUCACAUUUUAAACACACACUUCUCUCAUAUCAAAUGCACGUGUAAGAAGUUUUAAAUUUAAAUUUAAUCACAAACAUCCCGGAGUGCUGUUACCAAUUUCAAAUAAAGUAAUAAAAAACCUUUU